AUGACUCCUGAUUAUACCAGGCCAGUACACACUGUUACUACAAACCAAAGAGUAACCCCAGUGUCCGCCGUACCAGGCGCCAAUAGCAGAUGGCUUUGGGGUAAAGCACAUGGUUUCCUCUACCACUUCUCACGAUGCUACUUCUACGUUUUCAGGACAUAUUUUGACCCGCACAUCAUCCAGCUGCAGUUUGGACUCGUUCUAGAAUGGACCAAUCGCACGAGCGUGGAGGAAGUUAUUGUAAUGCAAAUGGCUCGAGCAGCUGGUAUUCCAGUCCCAAGAGUCGUCAACUGCCGAGAGCACGUUACUCCUAACUUAAACCGAGAAGUCUCAAUACUCAUAACGAGACUGCCGGGGUUCAUGUUGAUGAACUCCGAUGAACUCUUGGAGGUUGCUGGCGAGGGUCCGUGGCUCGAAGAAAUGAAGACUUGCGCCCACACUAUGCGCGAGUGGGAGCCACCAAGUCAGGAUAUUAUCUACCCACCAGCUGGGACGGCCUAG